UAGAUCGCAUUGUCAAUGUCAUUCAUUACCAUUAGUCAUUCCGAAAUUUAAUUUUGGUUUUUGCGUGAAUAUCGUGUUUUAAGUCCGGCAACGCGUGUUUAAACCCGUUCCGUCGCUUCGGUUCAUCCUACCGUUAGUUUCGCGUGUUAUUUUUCACUAAAUCGGGCUGACAAAAUUGAUUGUUAAAACUGGCCAGCGAUUUACUCCAUGUCUAGUGCUGACUCGGCAGAAACGUUUACCGGUCCUCCAUCCAAGAAACGUAAGUUUGACGACGCGCAAGCCGGUUCAAGCAUGGCGAACACAAGCAGCAGCUUGCCAUCAAGCUCUGCAGGCCGUAGCGAUAUCGAUGAAGGACUCUACUCCAGGCAAUUGUAUGUGUUGGGCCAUGAAGCAAUGAGGAAAAUGGCUACUAGCGAUAUCCUUAUAUCCGGUCUCGGGGGUCUUGGGGUAGAAAUUGCAAAGAACGUCAUUCUGGGUGGUGUAAAGUCUGUAACACUCCACGACGACCAACUCACAACUAUAAGGGACCUCAGCACGCAAUUCUUUCUCGCUGAAGAAGACCUUGGAAAAAAUCGCGCAUCGGCUUGCUUUAAAAAACUUUCGGAGCUUAAUAGUUAUGUCCCUACUUACGCGUAUACUGAUGCCCUAGAAAAGGACUUCAUCAAAAAGUUUCGUGUAGUCGUCUUAACUAAUUCCACAAGAGAAGAACAGUUACAGAUCAGUGAAAUUACUCAUGAAAACAACAUCGCUUUGAUAAUCGCUGACACAAAAGGCGUCUUUGCACAGAUAUUUUGUGAUUUUGGAGAAUCUUUUACCGUGGUAGAUACUACAGGGGAGCCAGCUGUUUCCGUUAUGGUAGACAAUAUCAGCAAUGAUAAGGAAGGCGUGGUUACCUGCGCCGAGGACAUGAAGCAUGACCUAGAGGAUGGUGACUAUGUAACAUUCUCGGAACUAGAAGGUAUGACUGAAUUAAACAAUUGUGCACCUAAAAAAGUUAAAGUUCUUGGCCCAUAUACUUUUUCCAUUGGCGACACUACUACUUUUACGCCAUAUCAGCGUGGCGGAUUCACUACUCAAGUGAAAAUGCCUAAGGACCUACAUUUUAAGCCUCUAAAAGAAUCUUUAGAAAAUCCAGAGUUUUUAAUGGUUGACUUUGCCAAAAUGGAUUAUCCGCCACAAUUGCAUUUAGCUUUCAGUACUUUACACUGCUUCAUAGAGAAGCAUGGUAGACUUCCAAAAUCUUGGUCAAACGAAGACGCAGCUGAAUUUCUCUCUAUUGCCCGGGCUAAUGCUAACAGCGGUGAUACUGAAGUAAAUGAAGGUUUGCUAGAAACGUUCGCCAAAGUCGCUGCCGGAGAUCUCAGUCCAAUAAAUGCCGCAAUUGGAGGAAUAGUGGCUCAAGAAGUAAUGAAAGCUUGCUCUGGGAAAUUUCAUCCUAUAAUGCAAUGGUUUUACUUUGACGCCAUUGAAACCUUACCGUCAGACAAAUCAGAAAUUACAGAAGAACUUGCCGCUCCGCAGGGUAGCAGGUACGAUGCACAAACUGCUGUUUACGGAUCGGAAUUUCAAAAAAAUAUUUCGGCGCAGAAAUAUUUUGUGGUCGGUGCCGGAGCGAUAGGAUGCGAACUAUUAAAGAACUUCGCCAUGAUGGGACUGGGUACUAACGGAGGAUGUAUCACUGUCACCGAUAUGGAUUUUAUUGAAAAGUCCAAUCUUAACAGGCAGUUUUUGUUUAGAGCACAUGACGUGCAAAAACCAAAAUCAGUUACAGCUGCUAGGGCUAUAAUGAAAAUGAAUCCACAAGUUAACAUAAUUGCACACGAGAAUCGAGUAUGUCCAGAUACUGAGAAUAUUUACGACGAUGAAUUUUUUGAGAGUUUGGACGGCGUGGCAAAUGCAUUGGACAAUUUUGAUGCAAGAAUUUAUAUGGAUAGGCGUUGUGUGUACUACCGUAAACCUUUGCUUGAAUCUGGCACUUUGGGAACCAAAGGAAAUACUCAGGUAGUAGUGCCAUACCUCACAGAGUCAUACGGUUCAAGUCAGGACCCACCAGAAAAGAGUAUUCCGAUAUGCACAUUAAAAAAUUUUCCCCAUGCCAUAGAACAUACGUUACAAUGGGCAAGAGAUGCUUUUGAAGGAUUAUUUAAAUAUAGUGCAGAGAAGGCCUCACAGUUCUUAAAAGAUCCAGACUUUUUGGAACAAACCAUGAAACUACCUGGCACACAGCCGCUUGAUACCCUGGAGUCAAUAAAAGCAGCUUUAUUGGACGAACGGCCCAAAAACUUUGAAGAUUGCAUUACAUGGGCUAGACAUUACUGGGAAGAUCAAUACAAUAAUCAAAUUCGUCAGCUAUUGUUUAAUUUUCCACCAGAUCAACAAACCAGUACUGGUCAGCUAUUCUGGUCAGGUCCUAAACGCUGCCCACAGCCGCUUACUUUUGAUAUUAAUGACCCGUUGCAUUUGGACUAUAUCGUUGCAGCUGCAAAUUUGAAGGCAAAGGUUUAUGGCAUUCCUACAAACAGAGAUAGGCAGUAUAUCGCGAAAGUGGCGUUGCAGGUUAAUAUUCCAGAAUUUACUCCAAAGUCGGGUGUGAAAAUCGCAAUUACAGACUCGCAAAUGGCUGCUCACGGGAAUAAUGUGGACUUAGACAAGGUUAUGGCGAUUAAAGCCCAGUUACCUUCAGGUGAGGAGUUAAAAAGUUUAAAUUUACAUCCUCAAGAAUUUGAAAAAGAUGACGACUCAAAUUUUCACAUGGACUUUAUUGUGGCGGCGUCAAAUCUUAGAGCUAUUAAUUAUAAAAUCACACCAGCCGAUAGGCACAAGUCCAAACUGAUCGCGGGUAAAAUAAUUCCAGCAAUUGCAACCACCACUUCAAUGGUCGCCGGCUUGGUGUGUUUGGAAUUUUACAAAUUGCUGAGAACACAAAAAAAUCGUGAGAUGUUUAAAAACUGUUUUGCUAAUUUGGCAUUGCCAUUGUUUACGAUUUGCGAACCAAAACCUCCAGAAGAAAAGGAAUAUGAUGGCAAGAAGUGGACCUUAUGGGACAGGUUCGAAAUCCAAGGGGAGAUGACUUUGGCAGAGUUCUUGCAGUAUUUUAAAGACAAAUAUAGUUUAGAGAUAACGAUGUUGUCGCAGGGGGUGUGCAUGCUAUAUUCAUUCUUCAUGCAAAAAUCUAAGGCCCAGGAGCGAAUGGGCUUAACUAUGGCGGAGGUCGUAAAGAGAAUCUCAAAGAAGAAGAUAGAACCACACGUUAAGUCUUUGGUGUUUGAACUAUGUUGUAACGGUCCUGAUGGUGAAGACGUUGAAGUACCAUAUGUUAAAUAUAAUCUUGGUUGAAGAACAUUUGCGCAUUUUGAAAUAUACGUUACUCUGCUUCUGUUGCUUUCUUUUUUAAAUUUUGUGUUCUGACAUGAAGAGAUUUUGGUACUUUUAUUUACUAAACGAUAUUUCGAAAUUGUGAUAUGCUUUUCUUAAUAGAAUAUUUUUGCCAGUAA